UGCACGAUUUGAAAUCUGUGCUAUUACCUGUGUGGAUACGUCACAUGCCAGUCAACAGACAUGCUAUGUGUCUCUGUGCAGCCGUCUGCCAUAACAAGGCAAAAUUAUUAAAGCUCCAUUCAACCGCGUCGAAAAAAAUAUUCGCUUCCCCCAGUAACACGUUUAGGGACAUAUUCCAGGAAUAUGUGACAACAAACCCGUUCUUCCUCGUGCAGUCGCGGACUUUUACCACAUUUAUUGGCAUGUGUCUGUUUAGAAAACUCAGAGAGGGGUGUGUACUCUCUUGGUCGAGAAUCUUGGGCAAAGCAGUUUAGCUUGGGAAAAUGGCGACACGGUGCAUGUUGGUACAGUUCCUAGUGUGUGUGCGUGUGUGUGCGUGUUCUUGUGCAACCUGCUUGUCAUGUGUUCUUGGAGUCGUUUACUGCAGGGUGUGUACAGUGUCCAAACAUGACUUCAGUGGAAACAAGGCCCUGUGCAGGAGUCCAAAUUUAAGAGUGUGGCAGAUCCAGACAAGGCAUGGCUGCAGCAGAGCGACCCAGCGAGGAGAACAUCUAUCAGGGAAGCAGCCAAGAGGCCCAUGGUAACUCUGGAAGAGUAGUAGAUGUCCAUAGCUCAGGUGUGUCUUCAGGUGAAACAUCGGAGGCUUUAUGACUCGGUGACGUGUGUGGAGAGCAGAUAAGGGUUGGCUUUCAGAAACCAAGGUUGGACUUUGUUUCCUGUGUCAGUUUGAGUCCCACCUGUUGGUCCAGGAAAUGCAGGUCUGAUCAGCAGCACCGUCCACAGCGGGAAUCGUCACGCAAGUGACAACACUACAAUGACUGCUUCCUGGAAAAUAAGCUUUGGCCUCAUGUCCAUUUGUUUACUACAAUGCAGAGCGGCGUCGCAGAAGGUCCAACUGGAGCCUCUGAACUCAACAGCGCUGCGAGAUUCUGACGUCCAGUUUAUCGCCACCAUUCAGGGACACUGGGAGGUCACGAACUGGGGUGUCAGAGGGAUUCAAGUCCUCACAAUUAUCAACUCAACAAAUAGCAUAAUCCCAUCAGAGGACAGAUUUUCUGCCAGAUUCUGCGUCAAUACCAGCAGAAGUUGUGUGGAGUUUACUGUCCAUAAUGUCACCCGCGCUGAUGCUGGGGAAGUUGUGUGUAAUGUACAAGGUCAUCAACCAGUGACAGCCCAGCUUUAUGUACAAGAGAGUGGAACAGUCAGCAUCCCGGGCGGGAACGUGACGGUGAAGCAGGGCGGGGAGGUGGAGUUGGAGUGCGUAACGACUGCUUGGUUCCCCGCUCCGACCAUCAGCUGGACCCAAAACGGUCAGGCUGUGAACAGCAGCCUCUACAACACCACCAGCACAGCUCAUGGGGAUUCCUUCAACUCCACCAGCACUGUCCGGCUCACGGCCAGCAGGAACGCAAGAGUGGAGUGUUUGGCUUCUCUCUCAACGCUCACCGCUCCACGGUCCAGCUCCGUCUACAUCGAGAUUGUUCCCAAACCUCCAGACUGGACAGUGCUGAUAGCCAUAGUCGUGUCGUUUGGAAGUUGUGGUUUGUUGGUUUUUCUCAUCCUCGGAAUCGUCAUCUGCUACAAACACAGGAAAGAAAAAAAACAAAAUUACCAAGAUGAAAUGAGGAGAGUGAGAACACACAGUCGGCUAAGUGUCAUCAGCACAACCGAACAGGUCAGGGGACAGGCAAAUGAAUACUACGAGUCGGAGAACCAGAGGAACGACACAGGCGACUGGACCGAGUCCGGCUUCAUGAAACACAGACAUAUGACCUUCGUGUGACGACACACAGAGGACGGAGAGCUCUACGGACGUUUGACAGGCUUUUCGAAGGAACUUUAAAGUUUUUCAGCUGUUUUGUUUAAAGUUUGGAGAGAUCAUUUGCAACGCUGAUAAAAAAAAAAAAAAUUGUUAAAAUGUUAAUAGAGGAACAAAUUUGUGAUGACUUCCCAAAAGCGGAGUGUCAGAAUGAGCAGAAGUUUUUAAGGAGGACCAAUAUCAAGGCAUUCAAUUACAAAGUCAAAUUUCCUUUAAGUCAUAUUUGAAACAUGUAGCAUUUUUAUGACUACUGCAGGUAACAUACAUUGUGCUAUAAAAGGCUAUAAAAACACACAACGCUGAAGAAAUCCUCAGAGUGUUGGAAGACUUCCAGCUGUAAGACUGUUUUAGCUACUUUUACCUGAAGAAAUGGCAACAAAACGUAGCAGUCUCUUAUGAACGUGUAGACGUUUAAUAUACCACUGUACCCCAAAGAUAAAAACAUUUUUGGUUUGAGUCGUGUAGAUGUGCUAACAUCAGCUGAAACCAAAGUGUGUGUGUGAAAAAUCCAAACAAUUUCCUAAAGAACACCAGUCGUCUCUUGAACUGUGGGAAAAUUUCUGACUGAAUAUAUUUUCAUGGUUAAGUUAUUUUUGUUGUUAACACAGAAUGUUUUCUGUUCUGUUAUCGAUGUCUGCAACUGUUUCCUUAAAAUGGUCUAAUCCUCAGUAUUUUCUGUUUUUACAUGCCAGCAAAAAAAUAUCAACAAAUCUCACUUUCAUUUAGAAAAUUAUUGCAGAAAUCUCCUUAAAUAAGAUUAUGUUAGAUAUUUGUUGUAGUUUAACGAUUUUACUGUCUUGUUAACAAGGAAACGCAAUUUCUACACUUUACAGACAUGACACCAUAUCUUAUGUGUUGCUUGGAAAAAUGAUAAUGGACAAAGGAAAAUUACCUGGAUUGUUUGACUUUGUAUUGUUGACUUUUUAAUUUUCUGUAACGGUGCUUUAAUUGCCAAUUUUAUGCCUUAGUUUUCAUAUUUA